AUGACUGUUAGUAUAGUUGUAGAAGCUGAUCCGGAGGUUUUAGGUGAUAAACGUGUGCAACCAGCUGUUGAAGGGCGGUUCUGUGAUUCUGCAAUUUCUGUUAGAGAAGCAGCACUGGAACUUGUAGGGAGGCAUAUUUCUUCCCAUCCUGAUGUUGGUUUGAAGUAUUUUGAGAAGGUUGUUGAGAGAAUCAAAGAUACGGGUGUCAGUGUUCGAAAGCGAUCUAUUAAAAUUAUACGAGAUAUGUGCAUCUCAAACAGGGACUUCUCUGAAUUUACAAGUGCUUGCAUUGCGAUCAUUUCCCGUAUUGGUGACGACGAAUCAAGUAUACAGGAUCUUGUUUGCAUGACAUUUUAUGAGUUCUGGUUUGAGGAACAGACUGGUUCACAUACUCAAUUCUUUGGAGAUGAUAGCUCUGUUCCAUUGGAGAUGGCUAAAAUCACCGAUAGAACACAAUUUUAA